CCAUAGCGCGGGAACCCUGUCUUCUCUGUUUCGCCAUGGCCGGGCGGCGCGGGGCUCUGAUCGUCCUAGAAGGCGUGGACCGCGCGGGCAAAAGCACACAGAGCCGAAGGCUGGUGGAGGCCCUGGGGGCAAAGGGUCACCGCGCAGAGCUGCUCCGCUUCCCAGAAAGAACAACAAAAAUUGGUCAACUGAUAAGUUCCUAUUUGGAAAAGAAGAACAACUUGGAGGAUCACACGGUGCAUUUGCUGUUUUCUGCUAAUCGCUGGGAACAAGUGCCAUUAAUCAAAGAGAAGUUAAAUCAGGGUAUCACUCUUGUAGUGGACAGAUAUGCCUUUUCAGGAGUUGCCUUCACAGGUGCUAAAGAGAACUUCUCUUUAGAAUGGUGUAAACAACCUGAUGUGGGGCUUCCAAAACCAGAUGUGAUCCUUUUCCUCCAACUGAAUACUUCUGAAGCAGCCAAACGAGGAGACUUUGGAAGUGAGCGAUAUGAGAACAGCUCUUUUCAAGAGAAAGUUCUGCAGUGCUACUAUGAUUUGAUGGAAGAUAAGACUUUGAACUGGAAAGUGAUAGAUGCUUCGAAGACCAUAGAAGAUUUACAUAAUGAAAUUAAAUCAAUUGUAGAAGAGGCCAUGCAAGAAGCUCAGCAUAAACCUAUAGGAGAACUGUGGAAAUAGAACUGGUUUAUAUGUGUUCAACUUCGAGCAUCUCAGUAUUUAUAUUUUCAACCUUUUUAACAGACCAAAUAGGAUUUCUUAGUUUGGCUAUUUAUUUUAACACUCUUCUAUAGACUGUUGUGCUUUAAAAGAGAAGAGUCUGAUCUUCCCUUAGAAGCUUCUCUCCAGGGGCUUUACUGGACCAGAAGCAUAAAAGAAGUGUAGCAAUAAGAUUUAUUCUACUCACAGAGACUGUAUAAUGGUUGUUGACAUCAAUAACGUCUUUCCUCAGUUCCUCAUCAUAUGAUGUUCACGUUUAGAUAAUCAUGUAUCAGAUUGAUAUGCAGUCUGUUUUGGCCAUGCAGUUGAAUGACUUUGCAAACUGACAUGCUUUAUCAAACUGUCACUCUUUGUUAAUGGCUUUGGAACAAACCAGAAUAUUCAGCCAUGAUUUAAAGAUUGCUUAAUAUAUUUUGUUUUCAAGUUAAAAAUUUAAUCAGUUCAAAUGAAAUGGAAAACUACACUUGAAGAUUUGCUGAUUUAUGCAAAAUGUCCUGCAUAUCUAAGAGAGCUCUGUGGCUCUCAUAAAGCUGAGUCACUGUCUGUUAAAAUCUUUUUAAAAAUGUAUUAGAAACCACCUAAGAGAUUACAACAUAUAUUUAAAUUAAAAUGUAUAUUUUUAGUUUCUGAAAAGCUUGAAUAAAUAUUCUUCAGGGUUAUUUUUUACUGCUAAAAUACUGACAAUUCUAGAGCAUUAUUCAUUUUUCCAUCUCUCCAUAUGCUUAAGAGAAAAGUAGUACAAAUAAUGAGUUUUCUGCUGUUUACUUGUAUUUUACCAUGUUGUUUUAAAACAGUUUGUGGUUCUAUAAUAGAGGACUGCAAUCUACUUUCCGUCAGGUUUUAUUUUAUUUGGGAGGUGGACCAUAACUCCUAUGUUUGUCCUUGGCUAUGCUGGCUGGAUCUCAAUGAACUUUGCUAUCUAAAGCAUUUGGAGAGUGCCAAAUUGUCUGCCUUGUUCUAGAGCUUCAGUCUAUUUAUUUUGAAGAAAUCAAUCAUUUGUGUUUAGCAGCAUGCUCUUCAAAUUGCAAGACAUUAUUUAAAUAAUUUUCCAGACUAUGAUUUUUGAAUGUAUAAAGGAAGUGAUCUUGCACCAGUUACAAUCUAAACUUUCAUUUAAUCACAA